AUGCCUCUUCAGCCUCUUCGGAAAUCUACUUGCUGCACAAACUGCCACAGACUUCUACAAAGGAUUGUGGUUCUUGAAACAAAGUUACUUGCUGGACUUCCAAAACAGGCGGAUCACUCAGCAGACCAUCGUCACGGACCCCCUCAGCAUACAGCCGGUGAGUCCUGUCAACCUAGUGAAUCUCAACAGUUUAUAAGUGUUAAAAGCACAUGGUUAAAAGCACAUGGAGCAAUGGUUUAUCAGAGCAUCCUGCUACUCUUCAGCUGCCAUUUCCUUCAUACUCUGGCUUUACACUGUACUGUAAUGAGUGGUAACCUGAAGCAGAUAGAUGCUGGAUCAGGCUCAGUGGUUGGAGUUAACAGUCUAAAUGAAGUAUUUGUCCUGAUUGAUAAUGUCUUCACAAAGAUCAGUGGGUCUCUGACGCACGUCAGUGUUGGUCCUGCUGGUUGGCUGGGGGUGGAUUCAGCAAACAACAUCUUCAAGUUUCAGAGCGGUUCCGUCAUUCAGUUUCCAGGGCUUCUCAAACAAGUGGAUGCUGGAGGUGAUCAGAUCAUUGCAGGUGUCAAUAUGAAUGAUGACAUAUUCUGUUUAAAUAUGGAUGUUAACAACAAAUGGCCAUCCAGCACUACUCCGUGGGUUUCAAUGAAUGGAAAGUUGAAGUAUUACAGCUGUGGUCCGUACAGCUGUUGGGGAGUGAACAGCUAUGACCAAAUCUGGAUGAUGAGGGAUGUUUCUAAUAAAGCCUGUUCUGGGUCUGGUAGCUUUCAGAAUAUUCCUGGACAACUGGCCAUGAUUGAAGUAGCAACUGAUGGCAGUGUUUUUGGUGUCAGCUCUCAAGGGAUGUUAUUCCAAAGAAUUGGCGUCACUCGCUCCAACCCCGCUGGCACAGACUGGAUCUCAAUUGUCGCCUGUCCCAGUGACCACAAGCAUGUGAGUUUUGACCUGGGGUUGCUGUGGGUCGUGUGUAUCGAUGGUUCCAUUCGUAAAUGUACUUUAUAG